GCAUCGACCUUGUUGAACGGACCCAAUAAUGAAGCCGUGCAAGUCGUCUCCGACGUCACUUUCACAAAAACAUCUUUCGACGAGGAUUUUUGUCUGAAACUCCAACAUAGGUCCAGCGUAACCUCGCCAUAUGGCGAUAGGAACCCGGAGAACCUCAGACGCAGCAGCAGACCGGAGCUUUAACUUUGACUCGCCGACGUCAGCUCACAACCGGGCACAGUGGUCUCUGGAUGCAAACGAGGCGUCUCAUCAUGGAGACGACGGCACGUCGGAAGGACCGGUCAGCUCAUUGCCUGGUGGUAGUGAUGGUGCUUUGAAAUUCAUCCGCCUCACGGACGGACAGAGGCUUCCCUUCCACGCGAGAUGAAACGGUUGGCCACGCAGAUGAAGGUCAAUCUCCAGUGCGGAUCAGUCAAGUCUCGACAGCGUACGCAGAGUAGGUCAGUCACAAUGGCUACUGAUCCCUGGUCCUCAGAGGGCUUCUGGAAUUCAAAUAAAUACCAUGUACUUGUUGGAACAGACACCUACUCAACUCUUCGCCAGCCACCACACUCGUUUUGAUCCAGUAUACAAGGCAGGCCAGCACGAUGACCGCCACACUUUCUUUGAUAUUCAUUUACUACCUCAUCAGCUUGGUACAGUGCCAGGCCGACCAAUCGAGCGUCGCCGGCUACAAUGCAACCCCUCCAUGUGAAAACCACACUGAUCCCUAUCCAAGACCGGCAAGAACUCCCCCACCUUUCUGCGUAAGCUACGGAGGAUAUAAUGGAUCUUGUAUAUCUGCUUGGCCUGCAAUACCGACCAGAAGCCACAUCAAUCCUCCAAACGUGACGACUGUGACUGGACACAACGUGACUUAUGCCGACAAUGCCACGUCAACCAUCGACGCAGGGCAAGCAACCAGUACGUCUGGACUACCUGCAAACACCACAUCUCCAUCUUCGAAUAACGGAAGCUCCAACUCAAGCUCCACAAGUUUGCCAGUCAACAGUACCAGUACCUGGAACUCAGCGACUUGGACUCCAACUAUUACUACAGCUCCAUUUGCGAACACGACUCGUACUUGGACAGAUGGCCCGUCCUCUGAAACAACCGACGAUGGCAGAGAAGUGAUCACACUUAACAUCACCACGGUGCCAACGCAAGUCACUCUUACAAUUGACCGUCCACGACGACGACCGUCUAACCAGACGGCUGGACCACCUAUAGAAUUUACUGAGCAGUGGCCAAGCAACACAACUACGGCAAUAGGGACUCGACCAUCGCAGACAAGUGCUUCAACUACUGGCUUGACCAACGUCGGCCCAAUUGCGGUAGAGUCGAGUACCACGACGCUGUAUGCUUGGAACUCCAGUACUACUACAGCCAAGGCAUGCUCAAGGCCUGUGUAUUCUGUUAAUUCUCGCAGCGAUGCUAACACAACCAUCUCUGCCUGGCCGCCGCCCUGCACAGAUGGUCAAAGCAGUAGUAUUCACUGGACCAAUGUGUCAUCCCCAACUUCAUGGUCCAACAUCACGUCAACCUCGGGUUCAGCAGAGCCAACAACUUUCGCUUGGGGCAACGAAACGACCGUCCUGAAUAUCUCUAUCACCACAGUUUCGGUGUCUGUGACGGUGCCGCCGUUUACCGUCCCAAGUACGGGGACAGCCACUUUUGUGUGCAUCAAUGGCACAUGCAGCGACCUGGCACCGAGUCGAAACACAACCAUUAAUGCUGGUGUUGCGGGCAGUGAGGCAGUCUCGACAACCAGCAGCCAGAACAACUUUAACGCUUCCACUGUUUGCAAUAACACCAACCGCCAGGUCAGCUGUACCGGGUCAGACAUCGCAUGGGCAUCGACGGGAGGGGUAGCGUUGUCAAGCUUUUCUACCUCAUUCACAUCUGCUGGCAACGCUUCUGAGACCACAACGCCCCAGGUGGUGGUUGUGAAAAGAGUGACAGUUGGCCCGGGAGAACUCGUGAGAGGAAGACGAGGCAGAGCAAACAUGUGAAGAGAUUUCUUCGCCGGUCUGAAGUGCAGGGAGAACUGAGUCAGUGGCGCGCAGGAAGAGUCGAAAGCUUGCACUACACGUGAAAAUG